GUAACGGGCGUAAUGGCUACACCAAGACGGUGGAUGAUGAGGAGGGAGGAGGAGAGGAGGAGGAGGGUGGCGAGGAGGAUGGAGGAGGAGAAGAGAAGGAUGAAGGCUGGGAUGAGGGGUUGGAUGGAGGGAAUGAGGGAGGCGUCCGGAUGACAAGAACGGACACUGUCCACUCCACCACGAGCUCCACAGGAACCCAACGUCGCAGAGGACAACACCCCAAGAAACAGGUGCAGGGCAGUAACCAGGUGCAGAGAGCUCCAAGAGCUUUGUUCUGUCUCAAACUCAACAAUCCGAUCCGCCGUGCCGCCCUGUCCAUCGUCGAGUGGAAACCCUUCGAUAUCUUCAUCCUGUUGGCUAUCUUUGCUAACUGUGUAGCACUUGGUGUUUCUAAACCUUUUCCCGAAGAUGACUCCAACUCAACCAACCAUGACCUGGAACAAGUGGAAUAUGUCUUUCUCAUCAUUUUCACCAUCGAGACCUUCCUGAAGAUUUUGGCCUAUGGGCUCGUCAUGCACCCCAGCUCCUACAUCCGCAACGGGUGGAACCUUCUGGACUUUGUCAUCGUCAUUGUGGGGUUAUUCAGCGUUGUUUUGGAGACGAUGACCCACAAGUCCGGGGAGGUAGCGACCACCCACCAUGUACCGGGAAAACCAGGAGGUCUGGAUGUCAAGGCUCUGAGGGCCUUUAGGGUCCUGAGACCCCUCCGACUGGUGUCUGGAGUCCCCAGUCUACAAAUUGUCUUGAACUCCAUCAUGAAGGCCAUGGUUCCUCUGCUCCACAUUGCUCUUCUCGUUCUCUUUGUGAUCAUCAUCUACGCCAUCAUUGGCCUGGAGCUCUUCAUAGGACGCAUGCACCGCACCUGCUACCAUAUAAGCACAGAUAACUUUGUGGAGGAUGACCCUGUGCCGUGUGCCUUCGCGGGUCACGGUAGACAGUGCAUCAUUAAUGGGACGGAGUGCCGAGGCCGGUGGGACGGACCCAACGGAGGAAUCACAAACUUUGACAACUUCUUCUUUGCCAUGCUGACCGUUUUUCAGUGCAUCACUAUGGAGGGCUGGACAGAUGUGCUGUACUGGAUGAAUGAUGCCAUUGGUUUUGAGCUGCCUUGGGUUUAUUUUGUCAGUUUGGUGAUUUUUGGAUCUUUCUUUGUCCUAAAUCUGGUUCUGGGAGUCCUGAGUGGAGAGUUCUCUAAAGAGAGAGAGAAGGCGAAGGCUCGUGGAGACUUCCAGAAGCUUCGUGAGAAGCAGCAGAUGGAGGAGGAUCUGUGCGGCUACAUGGACUGGAUCACUCAGGCCGAAGACCUGGACGAAUACGAUGAGGACGGAAACCGACGGCCCACUCUUGGUGACUUAUCAGAUAAAAAGAGAGGAAAGUUUGGAUGGUUCAGUCAUUCGAAUGAAACACACGCGAGUCUUCCUGCCAGUGAGACAGGCUCUGAAAACACAGAGAACAUUGAUGAGGAACACACUAACUGCUGCCAGGCCUGCUGUGCUCAGAUGAUGAAGAACAGCUUGUGUCGGACAUUGCGUCGGUGGAACAGGGUUUGUCGAAGGAACUGUCGCACGGCUGUCAAAUCGGUGACUUUCUAUUGGCUGGUUCUGCUGCUUGUCUUCUUAAACACCUCCCUCAGUGCCUCUGAGCACUACAACCAACCUGAUUGGUUGACGCAAGUACAGGACAUAGCUAACAAGGUGUUGCUGUCUCUCUUCACGGUGGAGAUGUUAUUGAAGAUGUACAGCCUUGGUCUGGGUCAUUACUUUGUGGCGUUCUUUAACCGCUUUGACUGUUUCGUGGUGUGUGGCGGCAUCAUGGAGACCAUACUGGUAGAGCUGGACAUCAUGCCUCCUUUGGGUAUCUCCGUCCUGCGCUGCGUCCGGCUGCUGCGCAUCUUCAAAGUUACACGCCACUGGACAGCACUCUCCAAUCUGGUGGCAUCCCUCCUCAACUCCAUGAAGUCCAUUGCCUCCCUGCUGCUCCUGCUCUUCCUCUUCCUCAUCAUCUUUGCCCUCCUAGGGAUGCAGCUCUUCGGAGGGAAGUUCAACUUUGACGAGACACAAACCAAACGUAGCACCUUUGAUGCUUUCCCACAGGCACUGCUCACCUGCUUCCAGAUUCUGACCGGGGAGGACUGGAACAUGGUCAUGUAUGACGGCAUCAUGGCGUACGGAGGACCCGUGUUUCCAGGCAUGAUCGUGUGUGUGUACUUCGUCAUCCUCUUCAUCUGUGGUAACUACAUCCUGCUGAAUGUCUUCUUGGCCAUUGCUGUGGACAACCUGGCGGGAGGCGACGGGGAGGACAAGAAGAAAGAAGAGAAGAAGGAAGGAGCAGAAGAAGAGAAUGGAGAGAAUGGAGAGGUGAAGGUUGAUGUGGAUGAAGACACAGAGUAUGAAGAGGAGGAGGAGGUUCCUGAGGGGGAUGACGAAGGAGGUGUGCAGUUGAACAUUGCAGAUCUUGCUCCUCCUAAAGAAAAGGUUCUUCCAAUCCCAGAAGGCAGUGCUUUCUUCUGCCUCAGUAACACCAACCCUAUUCGGGUAGGCUGCCAUACUCUGAUCCACCAUCACAUCUUUACAAACCUCAUCCUUGUCUUCAUCAUCCUUAGUAGCUGUUCACUGGCUGCUGAGGAUCCAAUCAGAGCACACUCCUUCAGAAACAACAUUCUGGGUUAUGCCGACUACGCCUUCACUUCCAUCUUCACUGUGGAGAUCCUGUUGAAGAUGACAGUUCAUGGGGCCUUCCUCCAUCAGGGGUCUUUCUGUAGGAACUGGUUUAACCUGCUGGAUCUGCUGGUGGUCAGCGUGUCCCUGGUGUCCUUCUUCCUACAUUCUAGUGCUAUCUCUGUGGUGAAGAUUCUUCGAGUACUCAGAGUUCUCAGACCACUCAGAGCCAUCAACAGAGCCAAGGGACUCAAGCAUGUGGUCCAGUGUGUGUUUGUGGCCAUCAGGACCAUUGGGAACAUCAUGAUCGUCACCACCCUGCUGCAGUUCAUGUUCGCCUGUAUAGGAGUCCAGCUGUUCAAGGGAAAAUUUUACCGCUGCACAGAUGAAGCCAAACACACUCCUGAACAGUGCAAGGGGACCUUCGUGGUGUAUAAGGAUGGAGAUGUCUCUCAGCCCUUGGUGAGAGAGAGGAUUUGGCACAACAGUGACUUUAACUUUGACAACGUCCUGAUGGGGAUGAUGGCUCUGUUCACCGUGUCCACCUUCGAAGGCUGGCCCGCUCUGUUGUAUAAGGCCAUAGAUGCGAAUGGGGAGAAUUCGGGUCCAAUCUACAACCACCGGGUGGAGAUCUCCAUCUUCUUCAUCGUCUACAUCAUCAUCAUCGCCUUUUUCAUGAUGAACAUCUUUGUUGGCUUUGUCAUCAUCACCUUCAGAGAGCAGGGAGAGCAGGAAUACAAGAACUGUGAACUGGACAAGAACCAGCGUCAGUGUGUGGAGUAUGCACUGAAGGCUCAGCCGUUGAAGUUGUACAUCCCCAAGAACCCGGUGCAGUACAAGUUCUGGUCCAUCAUCAACUCCACCGCCUUUGAAUACGUCAUGUUUGUCCUCAUCCUGCUCAACACUGUAACGCUGGCUGUACAGCACUAUGAGCAGUCUAAAAACUUCAGCUACAUCAUGGACAUCCUGAAUAUGGUCUUCACGGGCCUCUUCACAGUGGAGAUGCUGCUGAAGCUGCUCGCCCUGCGCCUGCGGCACUACUUCAUAGAUGCCUGGAACUCCUUUGAUGCUCUGAUUGUCGUGGGCAGUGUGGUCGACAUCGUGGUCACAGAGUUCAGUAGUGGAGAGGACAGCUCUCGUGUAUCCAUCACUUUCUUCCGCCUGUUUCGAGUGAUGCGAUUGGUCAAGCUUCUGAGCAAGGGGGAAGGUAUUCGCACCCUGCUGUGGACCUUCAUCAAAUCCCUGCAGGCUCUGCCAUACGUUGCUCUGCUCAUCGCUAUGAUCUUCUUCAUCUACGCCGUCAUUGGCAUGCAGACCUUUGGGAAGGUCGCCAUGCAGGAUCACACUCAGAUAAACAGGAACAACAACUUCCAGACGUUUCCUCAGGCUGUGCUGCUGCUCUUCAGGUGUGCGACAGGUGAGGCCUGGCAGGAGAUCAUGCUGGCCAGCCUGCCGGGGAAACGCUGUGACCCGGAAUCGGACGUUGAACCCGGAGAGGAAUUCAGCUGUGGGAGCACCUUUGCUAUCGUCUAUUUCAUCAGUUUCUUCAUGCUGUGUGCCUUUCUGAUUAUCAACCUGUUUGUUGCUGUCAUCAUGGACAAUUUUGACUACCUGACACGUGAUUGGUCGAUUCUGGGCCCGCAUCACCUGGACGAGUUUAAGAGGAUCUGGUCUGAGUACGACCCUGAGGCCAAGGGCAGAAUAAAGCACCUGGAUGUUGUUGCUCUGUUGAGGAGAAUUCAGCCUCCUCUGGGUUUUGGAAAACUCUGUCCUCACAGAGUCGCCUGUAAGAGGUUGGUAGCAAUGAACAUGCCCCUGAACAGUGAUGGAACGGUCACAUUUAACGCCACACUGUUUGCUUUGGUGCGCACGGCCCUCAAGAUCAAGACUGAAGGUAACCCGGAGCAGGAGAAUGAAGAGUUGAGGGUGAUCAUAAAAAAAAUCUGGAAAAGAAUGAAACCCAAACUCCUGGACGAAGUAAUACCUCCACAUGAAGAGGAGGAGGUGACGGUGGGGAAGUUCUAUGCCACGUUUUUGAUUCAGGAUUACUUUCGGAAGUUUCGAAAGAGGAAGGAGAAAGGAGUCUUACCAGGAGAAGCCGAGGCCACAAACCCGUCUGCUGUUCAGCUGUGUAAAGCCGGUCUGAAGACUCUCCAGGAUUUGGGUCCAGAGAUGCGUUUGGCGCUGAAUCAGGACUUUGAGGAGGAGGAGGAGGGCUUGAUAGAGGAGGAAGAGGAAGGUGAGAAUGGUUUUGGACCCGAGAAGGACCAUCGAUGCUCCACUGUAACCACACCCACCGGAGUAUCAAAUGGGGGUCUGAUCCAACGCACCGGCUCGCUCUCCAAGACGCCAAAUGGCACAGAGCAAGAGGACCGCCUUCGCCGCGGAGACAGCACGAAGUCAUCUGUCAAUCACCACCUUAACUGCCACCCUUCAGUGAAGAAUUGCGUUUUAGACUCCGCCCCCAGGAGGCAGCACCACUACAGGUAUGGCAGGAGAGACUCCAGAGAGCAGUACUCCCCAGUGUCUGGUUUCAGGAGUGGACAGGUGGACGGAGAAAUGGAGGGAUACGGAGGAGAGCAGGGUUACUAUGGCAGAGAGGAAGACAAUGAAAGCAUCACCUCCAGAGACAGAAAUUACCCUGAUGACCCACCUGUGUACAGAGACCACUAUGAUGGCCACACCUUUGGACACUCACCUUACAGCAACAGUACCUAUGGCAAUGGCUACAGUGACAGCAGGAGGACUGCCCGGCGACGCCUACUCCCUGCUACUCCCACAGGUCGGAAGCCAUCGUUUAACAUCCACUGUCUAAGAAGACAAGGCAGCAGCGACGACCUGCCCAUACCAGGAACAUAUCACCAGAACUCACCCCCAUGUAGGGCACGGACACAGACUUAUGGAGGCUAUGAGUCUCGCUCCUCCUCCAGUCGCUCCCCAACAGGCUCCUCAGCCUCCUGGGCGAAUCCCUGUCCCCGCCGCGGGCGUCUCCUCUAUGCUCCUCUCAUCCUGGUGGAGGAGGAGGGCAGCGCUCCCUGGGCCAGAGUAGAGAGCAAGAAGGGAGGUGUAGGUGGAGGAGGUGUCGGUGUGACGGGCGCCACCUCCAGACCAGGCUGGUACGGUGGCCCUGCAGGAACAUCAGGCCAGGCUCCUCCAUAUAGGGCCUACACCACCCUGCGGGUCCCCAGCCAGCUCGGCCCUCACUACAGCCAGAAGAGAGGCUCCGCUGACAGCCUGGUGGAGGCGGUCCUUAUAUCAGAGGGACUUGGCCUGUAUGCUAAGGAUCCGAAGUUUGUGGCCUUUGCCAAACGCGAAAUCGCAGAUGCGUGUCAUAUGACCGUCGACGAGAUGGAGUCAGCCGCCAGCGACCUGCUGAGCAGAGGAAGCUCAGGGGGCGGGACAGGGGCAGACCUGGGCAUGCUCUAUAGCGAUGAGGAGCCACUCAGGACGGGACGGGAUGAGGAGGAUCUUGCAGAUGAAAUGACCUGCGUUACUUCAUUCUGA